UUAAGUCACGUCCGCGUUGCAUACCUUCACAAUUUCUUUCUGUUAAAAUUGGUUCACAAUAAUUAGGCGAUAUAUUGAUCAAAACAAUGCUAUUCACAUGCACAGCAGGAAAAGUGCCACUAGGUUACUUUUGUCACUCAACUAAUGUCACAUGUUGUUAACUAACGCCGUUAUGGUAUAUAUUGGAAAUAAGUUACGAACUGCUCAAAACAGAGUUUACUAAUAACUUGAUAUGCCUUUUAUGGAACUAUCCGUUUGUGCGAGCGGUUGGUAAAUUUUUUCAACCAUGUCUUCUCCAUCGGACAGGUCGAGAGAUCAAGUUAGACGGCAUUGGCAACGUCGAGGGGUGGAGGAGUCUUCAGAUUCAAGAACAUCAUCUGACUACUCAGACAUGAACGAAACCGCCGAAGAAGGUGGCCAAGGGGAUGAGUAUGAGCUUAAAGAAGUUAAAAUAGAACAGCCUAAUGGCACAGGCCAUACUCACAAGAAGAAAUUAUGGGAAGCUAAAGGCAAAAGGAGUAGAAUGAAGCGGAUUCUAUCGACGAAACACGACAUCAAGAAGCGCCGGUUAGUGGGAAAACAUGGAAGGCUGAAAGUUGUCGCUUCACAAGUACCACAAAAACAUGGGAUGUAUCUCUCAGAUUUAUUCACUACAAUGAUUGACUCUAAAUGGCGAUGGAUUUGUGUGGUCUACACGUUCAUGUAUUGCGGUAGUUGGCUCCUUUUUGGCUUUUUAUGGUGGCUUGUGACGAUCAUACGUGGAGACAACUUCUGUGUCGAUAAUGUUGAUUCAUUUACUAGCGCGUUCCUGUUCUCGCUUGAGACGCAAACAACCAUUGGCUAUGGGGGCCGACAAAUCACUCCAAAGUGCCCAGAAGCUGUUAUCUUAUUGAAUGUGCAAUCACUGAUCGGGUUUAUCAUCGGUGCCUUUAUUCUAGGUUUAAUUUUCGCUAAGCUAUCGCGUCCGCGAAAUCGUGCGGAAACAAUUUUAUUCUCUCGAAACGCCGUGGUUGCGGUGCGUGACGGCAAAAUGUGACUAAUGUUUCGGGUCGGUGACGUAAGGAAAAGCCAAAUUCUGGAAGCCCAUGUUAGAAUGCAUCUGUUUCGAAAGAGGAAGACUCGAGAAGGGAUGGAACUGCCGUUUUAUCAGCAGAAUUUGCCCGUGGGAACGGACUGGUCUUGUAAAGACGGUCUGGCAGAGGACAGUGCAAUAUUUCUAAUAUUGCCCCUCACCAUGGUGCACGUUAUCGAUGAGAACAGCCCCCUUUAUGAAACGCACCCCAAAGAUUUGCUCAACUGCGAUUUUGAAAUAGUUGUGCUUCUGGAAGGAACUGUAGAAGCUACCAGUAUGUUGGUUCAAGCGAAGACGUCUUACACUUCGGAUGAAAUUCUCUGGGGUCACGAGUUUGUAAACACAACAGACGAGUUCAGAUGGAAGUCAGGAAGAUAUAGGGUCGAUUUUUCAGUGUUUGACAACACCCGAGCGGUGCCUACCCCCCAGGUAUCGGCUAAGGACUAUUACGAAGGAAAAAUGUUUAAAAUGAAUUCGGAAUCAUCUUUACUAAGCGUUGGAACACAGGAGGACCUAAGCUACGAUUCGGAUAAUACGGGGCAGAGACCUGCUGAGACAACUCUAAGCAUUGAAGAUAACGAGGCUAACGCGGAAAUAAUUUCAGUUGCUUAUGUUUAAUGUGGUUUUUAGAAAGGUAUUGUAGAAUGAAUUUGUUAAAUUCACUGCUAACAACUAAUUAACUAGGUAAUUAUGGUACCACAGACAGAACAUAAAUGCAAUCGAAAAGUCAAGAAUUACACUGAUGAACGUGAUCGCUUCGAUUAUCUGUAUCAUUAUUUUUCCAUAAAUACGAUCAUUCUUGUUUUUGUUGUGUUUUAUUAUUUGUUCACAAAGAAAUUUCUUUUUAGAUUGUAAUUUUCUUUCGGUUUCAAAUGGACGAGCGAGGAAACGAAUUCAUCUCUAAUCGAAUUAACAUCGCAAUGAAGACGGUGAUCUUGAUGUGUUUGUUUUGAUUGGGCAAUUAUCAGCUCUAAACACUUGUCAAGGCGCGAAUAUUCACCGAACAAUCAAAAUCAAUUAAUUCUUUGUAAAUUUACGUUUCGUUUCAGAUCAUCGUUUUCGAAUUUUGUUUUCUGUUUUUUACAAAUAGAUUAUCCAUUCUUGUCAGCUAAGAUUGACUACCACGAGAAUAAAACCAAUUACGCCACCGCCAAAUCUAA